GUGAUUGAUGCAAUGACACACUCCCGCCAAUUCCGACUUGGGAGCGCGAGGCAGGCAGUGGGGCUACCUGUACCGUUGUUUUUUUACGGAGAAUUCAUAAACGAGUGGAACACCGGCUUAGUGGUUGGGAUGUUGGCGGCGGAAACUCCAUCUGUGGACGGACAUCUGGCAGCAUCGACUCCCCGAAGAAGAGGCAUGGAUUGUAAGUCGAGUAAAAAUGCCAACAAAAAACUUAUCCAAGCUCGUCUCCCAUUCAAGCGCAUGAACCCUGAACCUAAAGAGAACCAGCCACCUAAAAGCCCCUGUGCACAUACCUGCCCCAAACCAGGAGACUCGGACAGGGAGAAUGAGAAUGAAUCUUCUGCGCUCUCUCCACACUGUGGACCGCCCUUGGUUAACGGCCGCGGGCCCCUUGAUGGCUUCCUGAGCCGAAGGCGCCCUGCGCCGGCGGAUGAGAACAUGAUUAUAGAUCUGACCGCAGACAACGCCCUGUCUCCCAUUAAGCACCUUGUUUCACCUGCUACCACCUCACCCCGCCUCCCAGCGAAAGACAAGCAUCUGGGAAAAGAUAAAACUACAUUGUCUGAGAAAUCCAGCACUCCUAAAACACACACUUUAGACUGCACAUUUGUCGAGACAGAUGAGGAAGAAGACGAAGAAGACGAAGAGAUGGAGGAAGAAGAAGAUGCUGAUCUGACAGCUUCAGUUUUGCAGAUUGAUACAACGCAGGAUUCUGAAAGUGAGACAGAGGAGCAGGAGGAGUCGGGAAACAUGUCCAUGCUGUCAGCUUCGUCCGCCAGCGGCACAUCCGAAAGCUCACCAGAGAAGUCCAAGACUGAUGACCCUACAUCCACUUCUACACCCAGCACAGAGCCAAAGACGAACCCCAAGAUACCAUCAGAUCAGAAAAAUAUCAGAAGGCGCUCGUUGAAGAAAGUCCAAGAACAGGAGGAGAGGCAUCUGCUGCGGCAGGAGAAGGACCGCCAAAGGGAAGAGGCUAAAACUGCAAAAGAGAAAAAGAAAGAAGAAGCUCGUCGUCUGAAGGAAGAGCGAGAAAAGGAAAAACGGGAGAGAAAAGAAAAAGAUGAGCAAGAGAAACGAGAGAAAAAAGAGAAGGAGGAAAAAGAAAAAGCUGACAAGUUAAAAGCAAAAGAGGAUCUACGGAAAUCCAAGCAAGAGGCAAAGCUUGAAGAGAAAAGGAAGAAAGAAGAAGAGAAGCAAAUGAAAGAAGAAGAGAAAAGGUUAAAAGAAGAGAAGGAUCGUGUCAAAGCGGGGAAAGCAGAAAUCACACGUUUUCUGCAGAAAUCCAAAAUUCAACAAGCUCCAAAGACACUUGCAGCUACGUGUGGGAAGUUUGCUCCAUUUGAGAUUAAAGAACACAUGGCUCUGGCACCGCUUUGCCGGGUUCAGUGUGAGGAGUCUGUUUUGGAGGAACUGGACCGGUGUUUGUUGAAACCUGCUGAUAACCUGAAUGGACUGAAAGACUGGAUCAGGGACGGGCCCCGCAGCUCAGGACCCACCAAACCUAGAAAGCCACUAAGCGAUUGUAUACCAGUAGAAGAGACUAAACCAGAUGGUGUGCCAGAUCGUGACCGUUAUGGACCCAUGAAGCUGCUGCAGUUCCAUGCAAACCACCGUCCAGCGUACUGGGGCACCUGGAGUAAAAAGAGUGAAAACAUCUCGCCUCGCUGCCCCCUUAGACAAGACCAGGGUUUGUUGGACUAUGAAGUGGACAGCGAUGACGAAUGGGAGGAAGAGGAACCGGGAGAAUCCCUGUCACAUAGUGAAGGGGAAGAGGAAGGAGGUGAAGGAGGUGAAGGAGGUGACGAUGAUAGCGAUGAUGACGGCUUCUUUGUUCCUCAUGGGUACCUUUCGGAGGAUGAGUGUGCUCUAGAGGAAGAGGAGGGUGGCGACUUGGAGAAGCAGAAAAUACGUCAGAAAGUGAAAGCAAAGGAGUGGGACGAGCUGAUGUCCACCAAGAAGAAGAUGAAGGUGCUGGACCCCGUGGUGAGGGGCUGCCUCUGGGAGGGAGCAGGACCUGGACUGCAGCUCUUCAAGCCUUAUGCUCUUUGUCUGGUGGAGCCUUUACCAAAGGUAGACACCAGCCCCGGCCAAGAGGAGCUUUCACUCAGGAAGAGCCAGAGAGAAGAACAAUUACUCAGUCGGCUGCUGCCUCUGCUGCACGGCAACACCAACAGCAGCAAGGUGAUCAUCAGUGAGUUCCAGGAGUUUUGUCGUCAGCCGACUACCUCCUCAUCGCCCCCCGAACUGUCCAGCCCUCAGAGUCAGGCAGAAAACAUCCCCACCAGAAUACAGGUGAAGCGCCUGAUGAAGAGCAACGCUGCUUAUGAGAAGCGCUCCACCUACAGACGCUGCUGGUACGUCCAGGCGGAGGUUCUGACCCGCUUCGGUCAGGAUGCUCUUCCUGUGCCCUGCCAAUGGACCUACCUCACCACAGGGGCUCGAGAAGAGUCCCGUGAAGAACCACAGGCUGCCACCGGCUCUCAGGGAAACUCCCCCACAACCCCACAGAACUCCUCGUCCACAUCAUCAUCCUCCAACAAAAGGAAAAGCACAGGCAGCAUGUCAAUCACCAAGUUCAUGAAGAAAUGUGCUGACCCAGAGCAGGCAAUAGAGGCAGAUGGUUUUCAAGCCGACACUGAGGAAGAUGACGAAGAAGAUUGUGUCAUCGUGUCCACAAAGACUGCCCUGACCAGAAAGUCCUCCAAUGAGGGAGACUGUGUGAUGGAGGUCACUCCCUCCGACACAGCGGCCCUCCCGGUGUCCAGCGCGGCUCCAACCCUCUCCACGGCCUGAGGACAGGAGGCGGCUCCGUCAACAACGCUCCCUCCCUGAUUAAUGUCUCCUUCCUGGUUCUGAACGCUUCUGUGUCCAAGACAGAAUCAAGUCUUCAAGCAACAUGAAGCAGCACACUUUGGUGCAGGCAACCCGCUCAGGUGGCUUCUGCUCAAUAUUAUGAGUUCCUUUCACCUUGUUGUUUUCUGUGCGUCGGGAGUGGUCUCGCCUGUAAGAUGUAGUGUGCAUAACAUCAGAAGUUUCUGACUUGAUUAUUGAGGUUUGUCCAAUGUUCAUUAAGUGUGUCUGAUUGAUUUUUGCAUGGAAGUGUCAGUCCUGCAUGUUUGGCUUCGGCCUCUUUGGAGACUCUUCGGCUCGCGUUAGCAACAACAGGUUGUUGAGCAGAGGAAGGAAGAGCAGAACAGAAAUGCCCAAUGUUCAUGAGGAAGAAUCCAAGAAAUCAAAAACAACAUUCUUUACGGUUCCUGAAAUAUUGAAUUAACGUUAUCUGAUAUCUUCUAGUCUAAAUGUGUACAUAUAUAUAUAGUUUACCAGAAAUAAGGAUUGGGAAAUGAGAGGCUGAAGUUCAAUCUGUACAUUUCCCUUACAUUUCAAUUGGUGCAUUUAUUCUGCAAUUUCUAACUCUGACAACUCUCUGGAGUAGUUGCUAGAUCUGUACUGUUAGGUCCAGUGUCACAAUGUUUUAUAAAUAUGUAUUUUCUGUGUUUUUUUCCAAGAAUACUUGAACAGGAUAAGUUCAUUAAACAUGAAUAAAAGUACUGCACUUUUAUAUUCCAUUAA